UGCAGGACAAAGACUGUGGAGGGCACAGUUAGGACUCUGAGACUAUGCAGGAUUAUGAUGACACCACAGCUUUUCUGGGUCAGUGGGGACGUUUCCAGCAGAUUGUCUUCUUUCUGCUCUGUGCCAGCAUCGUCCCCAAUGGAUUUGGCGCUUUCUCUGUCGUCUUCUUGACUGCUAUUCCCAGUCACCACUGCCUGGUUCCUGAGGUUAAUCUGACCCAAGACUGGCGCAAUGCUACCAUCCCAAGAGAGGUGGUGGAUGGGAAACGGGAACCGAGCAGAUGCAGCAGGUACAGACAGGAUGUGGUCAGAAAUCUCUCUGCUCAGGGAUUAAUUCCUGGCAGAGACGUCAACCUCACCGACCUGGAGCAGGAGGGCUGUGUGGACGGGUGGAUCUACAGCAAAGACAUCUACCAGUCCACCAUAGUCUCUGAGGUGAGGGUGUACACAGAUAAUCGUCCAACUGUAUGUAUACAACUUUUUCCAGUGUUUUGCUCUGGAAGGAAAUGUUUGAUUGAUUUUUUAUUGACAAAAGGAUCUAGGUUCUUUUUCUUUAUUCAUGCAUGGAUAUAUCAGUUUGACCUGGUGUGCAGUGAUCACUGGAAGCAGCCGUUCACUUCCUCACUUUACUUCCUGGGAGUUCUUGUUGGGUCGUUCUUCUCAGGGCAGCUCUCAGAUGGGUUUGGAAGAAAACCUGUUUUCUUUGCCACCAUGGCAGUCCAGACAAUUUUUACUUUUGUUCAAAUGUUUUCACCUUCAUGGACGGUGUUCUCCAUCCUCCUCUUCAUCAGUGGUUUGGGACAGAUCUCCAACUAUGUAUCUGCUUUUGUGCUGGGCAGUGAGAUCUUGACUGGCAAUGUACGGGUCCUGUUCUCAUCACUGGGUGUGUGUCUGUGUUUUGCCUUUGGCUACAUGAUGCUGCCUCUGUUUGCUUACUUUUUAAGGGACUGGAAAUCUCUCAUUUUGUGUAUCUCUCUGCCUGGACUGCUCUACAUUCCUCUCUGGUGGUUCAUCCCAGAGUCUCCUCGGUGGUUACUCUCUCAGGGAAGAGUGGAGGAGGCCGACACCAUAGUGAGAAAGGCUGCUAAGAUGAACAAAGUCGAGGCUCCACAGAUCAUCUUUAAAGAUAACAGUGUACAUGCUGAUGAGACAAAUACACAUCCUAAAGAAAACCACAAUAUCUUCAACUUGUUGAGGACAAAAAACAUCAGAAACACAACUGUCAUUCUGUGCCUGGUGUGGUUCACUCUGAGUAUUGGCUACUUUGGCCUGUCCCUGAACACAUCCAGACUUCAUGCUAACCCCUAUUUGAGCUGCUUCCUCUCAGCAGCUGUAGAGGUACCAGCAUACAUUUCCAGCUGGCUGGCACUGCGAUAUCUUCCACGACGACUGUCUGUCAUCUGUAUCUUGCUCCUUGGAGGAGUGUCGCUGUAUCUCAUUCAACUGGUGCCUGAAAGUUUACCAGAUCUGUCUGUUGCUCUGGAGAUGCUGGGUAAAUUUGGUCUUACCACCGGUACAUCCCUGAUGUUUGCCUACACAGCAGAGCUUUACCCAACAGUGCUCAGGAACACAGCGACGGGGACAUGCACUAUGGUUUCCAGAGUGGGCAGCUCCAUCGCACCUUUUUUGUUGCAACUGAGUGAAUACUUUAAGUACCUGCCUUAUAUUCUACUGGGGACUCUGGCUGUUGUGUCCGCCUUUGCUGCUCUCUUCCUGCCAGAGAGUUUUGGACGACCUCUACCUCAAACUAUUCAACAGAUGCAAAAGAGAGAAAGCAUGAAGUGUCCAUUCAUCACAAGAAGAGAACAUUCAAAACCUGCGGUGCUUUUUGAAAGUCGACUCUGAUUGUCUAAAACAUUGCUACUUACAUGAGUUAUUGCUAAAUAUUGUGCUAUUUAUUGUGUAUCAUU